GUCUGCCGCCAAAAAUUGGCGGCAAACCGAUAGAUUAGUCCGGUAAAGCGUGGCAUUUGUGACGUGUUUGCAGUGAAGCCUCACAGAUAAUAAUUAUGUCUGAAAAAGAGUUGGGAAUGUCUUUAAAAUUCGCGAAAUUGUCGGACAAAGCAUUUGCGCCGACAAAAGGUUCAGAAUAUGCAGCAGGAUACGAUUUACGAAGUGCAUACAAGUAUAUUAUACCAGCCCGUGGCAAGGAAUUAGUUAAGACUGAUUUACAAAUAGAAGUUCCUCAUGGUACAUAUGGCAGAGUUGCCCCACGAUCUGGGUUAGCAUGGAAAAAUCACUUGGAUGUAGGCGCAGGUGUUAUAGAUGCAGAUUAUCGCGAAGAAAAUGUAUGGAAGCUUUGCCAAGAUGUAGCGACUAGGCAUCCUUCCGAAUUACAACAUUGUCACGUUGUUUUCGUAAGCAAUUCGCGACGAAGCGUUCCCCUUUGGCGUCAACGGGCAGGAAAGGACGAGGACAAAUUAGUUGUGUGGGAUUAUCAUGCUAUUCUCAUCUAUGCGCCCGAUGAGAGGGCAGUGGUGUACGAUUUAGAGAGCUCCCUGCCGUUCCCUACACAUUUCUGGAAAUAUGCCACCGAGACCUUCAGAUCUGAUGAAGCAUUGCGGCCUGAAUAUCACAGAAGAUUCCGUCUGGUACCUGCCAGCGUAUAUUUGCAACAGUUCGCAUCAAGUCGGCAUCAUAUGAAACGCAAGGAUGGCACAUGGAUCAAAACACCGCCAGAUUAUCCUCCGAUUUCGACACCAACGUGCAAGGAUAAUCUUGACUCAUUCAUCAAUAUGGAAGCAGGAACUGGAUUAGGCGUUGUAAUGAGUUUGAAACAAUUAGUCAAUCGGUUUUAUAGGCCAAAUGUCAACGCACAGGCGCCGACACCGCCUCAGCCGCAAGCCACAGCGACUUAAAUUGUGAGCUACAGUGUGUUGUUCGCAUACGCUUUGAUUACAGAUAUUGGAAAUAAAUUGUAUGGCCUAAGGGAAUUGGUUUCGGUGCGUGCACCUUUGUGGGCUAAAAUAUUUGAUCGAAAUUUGAUAAUAAUGUUAGUUAAUUGCUGCUAAUUCUGGCAGAAUUUCAAGUAUAAAAUCGUUACAAUUAUAUCUUUAUUAGAGCGAAAUUCGCUCAAAAAGAUGGAACCGAGAGAACUUUAGCGAAGUUAAAUUCAUUGUCGCGUUGUGAUACUUUUAUCACAGUUUUGUCACAUUAUGUACGUUUUAGAACUUAGAUAAAUUUAUUGUUUUUUACUAAUUAUUUUCUUUCUGCUAUUCCAGCACAAACAUUAUGCAUAAACUUUUGUAUAGUAUAAGACAUAAAAAUAUCCAUACAACUAUCGAUUAUUUAUCUAUCAUUGUAAUCCCGGUUCCAGAUAGAUAGAUUUAAAAUCUCAUAUUGUACUCAUAAUCAAAAUCUAUGUAUAACAGAAACACACACUUUUUGCAACACAAUAACAGGAUUGACGUCUUAUUCUCCAAUCGAGUAAUUUGGCUUAUCACGCAUAAAAAGCAAUUCUGCUGAGCUACAUGAUAAGUGCUUAUGUACCAUAUUAAUGGACUUCAUUAAAAAAAAUCCAUUUUCUCUCUUC